UUGAUCAGCUAGCUUAUAAUUCAGCUAAUAGAGUAGUGACUAACUAGCACGGACAACUGGUCCAUAGAGAAAAGAUGGAGCAAGGGAAGGGAUGCUUACAGAGGCUGAAGCCCUUCAUCGCAGUCAUCUUCUUGCAGUUCGGCCUCUCGGGGAUGGAUGUCAUCUGUAAGGCUGCACUGAAUGAGGGAAUAAGCAAUUACGUGCUCGUUGUGUACCGCCACGCCAUAGCAACAAUCGUGAUGGCCCCUUUUGCGAUCAUCUUCGACAAGAAAACAAGGCCAAAGAUGACUCUGUCGAUCUUCAUCAAACUACUGGUGCUUGGCUUACUUGAGCCAGUCAUCGGCCAAAACCUGUAUUACCUUGGCAUGAAGCACACAACAGCAACAUUUGCAGCGGCCAUGUGCAAUGUCCUCCCUGCCAUCACCUUCAUAAUGGCUUGCAUCCUAAGGCUGGAGAAGGUAAAGCUUAGAAGCAUCCGGACCCAAGCUAAGGUGGUUGGGACAUUAGCAACGGUUGCAGGAGCUAUGAUCAUGACUUUGAUGAAAGGACCGAUAAUUGAAUUAAUAUGGACAAGAGGAAGAACAAAGUAUCAACAUGGAAGUGGAGGAACCAAUCUCCAUGACUCCAUCAAGGGUUCUCUGAUGAUCACAGUGGGAUGCUUCAGUUGGGCUUGCUUCAUGAUUCUGCAAGCUGUAACACUCGAAACAUAUCCCGCCGAGCUCUCUCUCACAGCUUGGAUUUGCUUACUGGGAACAAUUGAAGGCUCUGUUCUAGCACUCAUCAUGGAAAGGGGAAAGCCUUCCGUCUGGGCUAUAGGUUGGAACACCAAACUGCUGGCAGCCAUAUACAGUGGAGUUGUGUGCUCAGGAUUGGCUUACUACAUUCAAGGUGUGGUUAUGAAAGAAAGAGGGGCGGUUUUUGUGACAGCUUUCAGUCCUCUAAACAUGGUAAUUGUUGCGAUCAUGGGGUCAUUCAUUUUGGCAGAGCAACUCUUCUUGGGAAGGGUUCUCGGUGCAAUUAUCAUAGUUGCAGGCCUCUAUCUAGUUGUGUGGGGCAAGAGCAAAGAUUAUGGAUCCUCAUCGAAACCAAUCGAUGAGCAAAUAACCCUACCCACACAGAUGAAAAACAGUGGAGGCAAAGGGAAGAAGUCAUUUGAUCACGAGGUGGUCACGAUACAUGCCACUGACAAGGAAAAAUCAACUGCAGAUGGGAAAGUAGAUGAGAAAACAGAUUCUGUCCCAGCUUAAACGUCUAAACUUUGACUUCCAUCAUCCUUUAGUUCUGAGUAGACAAUGGCAUUUCCUGCUAAUCCAACUCCCAUGUACAAUUUGUUAUCGAGAUUCACGUAUCUAAUGACCAUUUUGUAAGCGGGAUUUAAAACCAAUGCAUGAUGAGAGAUGAAGUUCCAUGCAAA